AAGAACAAAAAGAAACCGAAAGUAAACCCUAAACAAAUUAACUACCACACACAAACACAUAAUCACACACACACACAAUUGGAUUGUUAUGGCAAGUACAGAAGGUGUUUCAAAUACUAAUAGUAGAUCAGGAUCAGGAUCAUCAUCAACAGCAGCAGAUUCAUAUAUCGGAAGUUUAAUAAGUCUAACUUCAAAAUCCGAAAUCAGAUACGAAGGCAUUUUGUAUAAUAUCAAUACGGAUGAAUCCUCUAUCGGUUUGCGCAACGUAAGAUCAUUUGGAACUGAAGGGCGGAAAAAGGAUGGUCCUCAACUCAUGCCCAGUGACAAGGUUUAUGAAUACAUUUUGUUUCGUGGAAGUGACAUCAAGGAUCUUCAGGUCAAAUCGGCAUCGUCUGCUCCACCAGCACCAUCGAUUAACAGCGAUCCUGCUAUUAUUCAGUCUCACUAUCCCCGCCCACCUCCACUAUCUUCAAGUUUACCCCCUCCUGCUGCAGCUGCUGCUAGUAACUCGUUACCUGAUCCUAGCAUCCAGAAUCCACAAAUGAUAGUCCCUGGAUCGAGUUUACAAGGUGGCCCCCCUCUAUAUCAACCUGGUGGGAAUAUGGGGUCAUGGGGUCCUAUGCCACCUCCUCCAAAUGCAAAUAGUAGUGCAAUGCCAAUGCCACCAAUGUAUUGGCCCGGUUUUUAUGCCCCACCGAACGGUCUUCCUCAGAUGCAUCAACAGUCAUUGUUACGACCACCCCCUUCACUGCAGCAACCUAUGCAGUAUCCCAAUUAUAAUGCAAAUUUACCAAGCGGGCCUCAAGUUCAGCCGUCUGAAUAUCCAUCUCCUCUAUUGGCGGUGUCUACUAAUUCAGCUACAGAUGCAUUGCCAUCUUUAAUGCAAAACAAGCCUAGCGCUGUGGGUCCCUCAGCGCCACUAAUUGGUAGCUUUCAAUCGCUGUCUCUGUUGAAUACAAGUGAUGUAAACGUGCCUAUACCUCCCGUUUCUAACAAACCAAGCGUGCCUUCUGAAGUACCUACACCAUCACUUGUAACACCAGGACAGCUGCUUCAGCCUGGGCUAGCUCCAGCUGUUUCAUCUCAACCUACACAAGCUGUUCAUAAGGAUGUUGAAGUGGUACAGAUAUCAUCAACACAAGCAUCUGAACCAGUGGCUCCAGUUCCAGUUGCGGUUCCAACAGAAGCUCAGCCUCCAAUAUUGCCUUUACCACCGCAACCACGGGCUGCCCCCAAGACAAAUGGAGCUCCUUACCAGAAUCGCCAGAGUUAUAAUUACAGAGGGCGUGAUAGAGGAGGCAGAGGAUAUGGGGGAUCACGGUCAGUGAUGAAGUUCACUGAGGAGUUUGAUUUCAGUGCAAUGAAUGAGAAGUUUAACAAGGAUGAAAUUUGGGAUACCUUAGGAAAAACCAACAAAAAGGAAAAUGAUGGAAAUGCUAGUGAUGAGGAUGAAUAUGCAGAUGAAGUUGAUGCCGAUCAACCAAAAGUGGAUGUCAAGCCUGUUUAUAGCAAGGAUGACUUUUUUGAUACGUUAUCUUGCAACUCGCUUGACAAGCAACAAAGUAACGGAAGGCCUAGGUUCUCCGAGCAGAGGAAACUAGAUACUGAGACAUUUGGAGAAUACUCUAGAUACCAAGGGGGUAGAGGCGGUCGUGGGCUAUACCGAGGAGGUCGUACACGUGGGGGUGGUUAUCAUGGGCGAGGUGGCGGUUAUUAUCCAAGGGGCCGUGGCGGGAGAACUCCAAAUGCAACUCGUGAUUAUUAAUAGUACUCGAGUAGUUGACCAAUGCUAGGCAGUAUACGAAAAGGCUCGACUGGUUUUGAAAGGCAUGGCGGUGUUUUAUGACUUUGUAACAUUUCGGUUAUCUUUUUCCUUCUCUUUUUUUGGCAGGAAAAUAAAUAUAGUGUGUUUAUGUAGCUGCCGUGUUUAGUUAAAGUGUCUCCCCCUUUCAUACUGGGUGAUUAUGGCGGAGUUUCCUUCUGUAAACAAGUAGCAUGGGUUUUAUUACUUGGUGAGUUGGAGUCUUUGUAGGUUAAGGUUUAGAAGUUUAUGGCUGCUGCCUCUUUUCAUUGACUAGGAGACAUGUAUUUUAUUUUUGUUUUUUUAAUUGGUGUAAUUGAUACUUGAUACAGCAUCUGGUUUUCUUAUAGUAUUUGAAGCUUGUUGAAUCAUCCAAGCUAGUUUAGAUUUUA